CAUGCGGUACUACGAAAACAAGUAUCCUGAGGUCGACGAACUUCUCAUGGUUCAAGUCCGUCAAAUUGCGGAAAUGGGGGCUUAUGUCAAGCUAUUGGAGUACGAUAACAUCGAGGGAAUGAUCCUACUUUCCGAGCUCUCCCGUCGUCGUAUAAGGUCGAUUCAGAAACUCAUCCGCGUUGGCAGGAAUGAAGUUGUGGUUGUUUUGCGUGUGGAUAAGGAGAAGGGCUACAUCGAUUUGUCAAAGCGCCGCGUCUCACCAGAAGAUAUCAUUAAAUGUGAGGAGCGCUAUAUGAAGGCGAAGACCGUCGCGUCUAUCAUGCGGCACGUUGCAUCGCGGCUACCAUCUGUCGAUGCGGACGAGGCCACAGAAGGGGCGGAGAUCGCUACAAAAGAAGCACAGGAUGCGGGGUCUGAGGUGGCGGUCUCUGCAGUUGGGUCAAGUGAAGAAGAGCGGUUAGAAAAGUUGUACGACCAGAUUGCAUGGCCGCUGGGACGCAAGUAUGGUCAUCCAUAUGAGGCAUUCAAAUUGGCUUUGACCGAACCAGAGACGGUGUUUGCGACUCUUGGUCAGACCAUUCCUCCGCCCACCUACGCCCUCCUGAUGCACACCAUCGCCCGCCGAUUGACACCCCAGCCUAUCAAGCUGCGCGCGGAUAUCGAAUUGACGUGCUACACUCCUGCUGGGAUAGAUGCAAUCAAGAAAGCGCUGAGGGCAGGAGAGAAGGUGAGCACUGAGGCAGUGCCUAUCAAAGCGAAGUUAGUCGCUCCGCCACUAUAUGUCCUGAGCACGAACGCAACGGACAAGUUCGGUGCCGUUGAGCGUCUGGAGCGCGCGAUCGAGUCCAUUCAAAAUUCAAUUGAAGAGGAUGGCGGUGCACUCAUUGUGAAGAUGAAGCCAAAAGCUGUCUCCGAAACUGAGGAGCAAGAUCUCGCUCAGCUCAUGGCCAAAGCCAGUCGCGAAAACGCAGAGGUCUCGGGAGACGAGGACGACGAAGAAGUGUAAGAAGUCACUGUUAUUUAGCACAAUAUGUAGCUUUUUCCCGGUCGUGUUUCCACAGAGUCCAUGUUGUAUCGAUUAAUGGAUGGGCCUAAGGUGCUUUUGAUUGUUGAUACAAGCGGUCUACGAGAAUGUCCAUAGAGAUGCUAUGGCGUCUGUCGCUGCAGCCGAGUCCAAACUGCCAAACGUAUCUCCGCGCAAUUCCAAAGCCAUGGCUGGCUCUUUCUUUACACGACGUUUGGUUUCUGCUUCGAAAAGCGUGCUGUAAGUAUGGUCUAGGAAGUCUUCGAGUGGGUAGUUGGGCUUGGUGAAUGCUUCUUCGAAAAUGCAGGCCAAUGUCGACACUCCAGAGUGAUAAUGACGCUUGUGGGAGUAAAGCUCCCACAGAGACGAAUCGAGGGCGUUGGUCAGGUUGGGAUUGGAUUCAUCGGGUAAGAAAGGGUCUUCUGUGGAUUCGGAGCCCUCGUCCUCGUCACGGUGGAUCAUGACCAUGAGAGCAGGAUGGCGUUUCAGUACGUUGUAAGUGAAAGGGACCAUCAUGACGAUGCUAGAUGGUGGGGCGUUCAAGGAAAGGCGGGAUAGGCGCUUGACAAACGAGGCUAAAAGUGUAGCAGGAAGAUGUGAUGAACUCAAGAAAAGGUCUGCCAAUCGGAAGAAGCGGGCUCUGUGUUUGAGAUGGAGGACAUCACGAUCCAAGAAGGCGUACAAGCGGGUGUAAAACGAUGGAUAAUCCAAAUUAUACUCCUGCAUCAGAAUGAACAAGGUAUUCAAAGCAAGAAGAGUAAGAUGCGGCAUGACUCCCCGGUGCAUCGUGUUCAACGCUCUUAUAGAUAGCGUGCUCUCAGAGUCACCAUCAGAGAGCUGGGGCAGCAGCGUGAGCCAUAGACGGGUGAACACCGCACGAUGCGAAGGAAGCGAAUGGAGGGAUUGGUGAACAGUGAGUUUGCUUAGGCGAACCGAAGGUAUGGUCGAUUUUGCAGAGGACUUGGAAGACGUGUCGGGCUCGUUGAAAAACGCGCGCC